AUGGGCAAGAAGCGAAAAAGACCCGCGCGGGCCUGCGGUCCCACGGCUGCGUCUCAGACCAGUAUCACCACAUCUCCCCGCCGUUUCAAACUCCCCACUGGCCCAGCGACGCGAAACGACCAAACCAUCACCCAUCCCCUGAUUUCGUUGUACUACCGAGAAGUGUUGACCUUGCGAAAUUAUCUUCUGCGCCAAUUGCCCGCCUCCUCCAAAUUGCGACGGCGGCGCAUCGCGUCGCUACAAUCGUCCUCGGUCGAGCGCAGCCAGGACUCGACACUACUAGCCCAUCUACUGGACUCCACGCUGGUCGGCGUACAGAAGGAAUCGUCUCCGAAGGUCACCUCCGAACGCCAGCGUGACUAUCGGGCUUUCACCCAAUCCCAGUCGCGUUCAAUCCUCGUCAGCACAGAUACGGGACCAACGUCGCCCCAAUCCGAGAUAGUCAAUUUCGUGAUCGAAACGCUCUUCAGGCUCAGUGGAGGGUAUGGGGGACCUCAGCACUUGCUUGCGCACGGGUACGCCUACGGGAACGAUCUCCGGGCCACCGAACAAGCUGGUCUGGAGAGCAGCAUUCUCGGACUGGUGGCACAAUUCCCUAGCAAUAAUGUCCGCACCUUGAAGGAGUCGCCAUGGGCGGAUGUCUUGGCACUCCUUGGUCAGAGCGGAGAAGAAAUCAUGAUGCGCUUGCUCUUUGACUGUGGUAUCUUCGCCCCCAUUAACGCCCAGAGAGGAAAUUUCUAUCAAUUGAGCGGAUUUCCUCUGUCGAAGCUCGAGCAGCUAGAUAGUAACUCCGCGAAGCAACCGACGGCACAGAAACUGCCCGAGGGAAAUCCUCAAUCAUACAAUCAGAACCACCUAGAAGCCAACAAGCCGAACAGCAUCAUUUUCUCCCGCAGGCGCAUGCUGUAUAGCCAACCCACUAGUACAGCGAAAAACAGGUCGGCCUCAGGCCUUGGAGGCACUCACGUUCUCAAUCGUUUUUCCUCUCUUGACAUUACAGGCGAAACUGUGCACGUAAUGAGUUACAUAUUUCCUCGUCAGUUUGGCUUACGGAAUGUGUUCGUAUCGACAGGGAAUCGCCGUGACAAUGAAGCACAGCUAAAUAGUCAUAUCAAUCGCGAGGAUGAGAUUUCUCAAUUAAAGCAAAAACAACUUCUUCGCCAUACGACUCGCGAGCUUACUCGGCCAGUAUCGGAUAAAGGAGAACUCGCUCACUUGAAGAUCCCUAAGCGACUGCGAGGGCGAGCUAUGGAACUUGUCCAACGGCUGCGAGUUCGUCACGCGCGAUGUUCGUACUGGGAAUUAUUGAAGCAUUAUUGUCCUGCCGAACUUGUUGGUCCUCCGAGAUUUCGCUCGACUUCUUUCCCCAUCCAAAAAAAUAAGGAGGCCGGCAAAUUUGCUUCAUCGAUUGAGGAGACUCUUGUUACACAGGCGUCGGCCAAAUCCUCUAUUCCGGAGGUUUCUACAAAGGCUAUCACGUCCGACACCCUUGGAGAAACUGAAAUGGCAAGGAAACCAACAAUCAAGAAGCCAAAAGUCAGCCUUACUGAAUAUGCCACCCCUGCCUCAUCUGUUUCUGCCUUUUGCCGUGCUGUGUUGAAAAAAAUCAUACCGCCACACUUCUUUGGAGACGGACUGGCUGGCACUUACAAUUGCAAUAUUGUCAUGAAACAUGUUGACGCCUUUAUCAAAAUGAGGCGCUUUGAGAGCCCUAGUCUGCAUCUAGUGUGUAAAGGCCUGAAGGUGACCGAAAUUUCGUGGCUUGUGCCUCCCAAAAAGCAGGACACUGUUUCCGGGACGGAUAGAAUAUCUUUGUCGGAUUUCCAGAAACGCACCGAACUAUUUCAUGAAUUCAUCUAUUAUAUUUUUGACUCAAUCCUGAUUCCUCUGAUCCGGGUAAACUUCUACGUCACUGAGUCGCAGACUCAUCGCUGCCGACUCUUUUAUUUUCGGCAGGAUGUGUGGAAACGGCUCAUCGAACAGCCUAUCAAAGAUCUCAAAGAGACCACAUUCAAACCAUUUUCACCAGAAGAAGCUAAGAAGAAACUCGCGGGCCGUUCUCUUGGGUUGGGUUCCUUGAGGUUACUUCCGAAAUCUGCUGGUCUACGUCCCAUCCUCAAUCUAAAGAAACAACUUCAUGUGCAGAGGACAAAAUUUGGGAAGAAAAAAUCUUAUUUAGGAGCGAGCGUCAACAGCAGUCUUCUCCCCAUUUACGGCAUGUUGUCCUACGAGCGUGAGCGGUGCCCUGCGAAUCUAGGGUCAUCUAUCAUGUCCAUGGGAGAGAUGCACCCGAAAUUGAAAAGUUUCAAGGAUUCUCUCAUUCGGCAAGGGUCGGCAUCUCAAAUGGGGCCUUCGGGCUUGCCACAGCUAUAUUUCGUGAAGCUUGAUAUCCAAGCCUGCUUCGAUACUAUUCCCCAAGCAAAGCUUCUGAGUCUGAUUGAGAAGGUAAUCUCCGAAGAGGCUUAUCAUUUCGUCAAAUCCGUCGGAAUCAAUCCACCUCUGCAUGGAAGGAAGCCGCAGCAUAAAUGGAUGAGUCGGGCCGCUCCGUUGAACAAGCAACAACAUCUACGCGAUAUUGCCGCCGUGGGAGCCAUGGGUCGAAAGGCCAAUAUGGUGUAUAUUGACACCAUCAAACAAACGGCACCGAAAAAGACAGAACUGCUUGGCCUUCUCAAAGAGCAUGUUGAACAAAACCUCGUCAUGAUUGGCAAAGAGUACUUCCAGCAGCGAAACGGGAUUCCCCAAGGAUCGGUUUUGUCUAAUCUGCUUUGUAAUUUCUUCUACGCCGAGCUGGAACGAGAGACGUUACACUUUCUACAGCCUGCCGAUUCGCUUCUCCUACGACUAGUCGAUGAUUUUCUGCUUAUCACCACAGAUGUGGCUCAAGCCACUCAGUUCCUGCAAAUCAUGCUGCGCGGCCAGCCAGCUUACGGUGUAUCAGUGAACCCAGCCAAGAGCAUGGUUAAUUUCACUGCUGCCGUGGAUGGCUGUCACAUCCCUCGGCUAGAGGGAACGCUCCUCUUCCCGUAUUGUGGUAGUUUGAUCGACACCCGUACGCUAGAGAUCCAUCGAGACCAAGAUCGGAUGUUGGAGGGCGGCGACUCGGCGGCAGUGACCCUUUCAAACACACUGACCGUCGAAACGAGCCGGGCUCCCGGUCACUCCUUCCACAGGAAAAUGCUGGCCCUGAUGCGGCCUCAAAUGCAGUCCAUGUAUCUUGACACCAACCACAACUCUCGACAGGUCGUCCUGGGCAAUUUGUACACUGGGUUUAUCGCGGUCGGGAUGAAAAUGUAUCGCUACAUGAAGUCCCUUCGAGGCCGCUCCCACCCUCAGGCACCUAUCAUCAUUCAGACCAUCCACGAUUUGAUCCAACAGACCAUCGGAACCAUUCGGGCACGACGUGCAUCAGAUUCGACGCCGCUAUCCUGUGCGGUGCAGCUGUCUCACCUGCAAUACUUGGGUGCGGCCGCAUUCCGUUUUGUACUGAAACGGAAGCAAACGCGGUAUGCGCGAGUGCUCCAGUGGCUCGACUCGCUCGUCAAAGGGUCGCGACCGGCGACGAACGCGGAGGCGGUGCGACUACAGCAAGUAGUGAGAAGAGGGACAACGCUAUUCGAUGCCUGGCGCUUCUAA